AUGAAAAGGGACACUGACAGGUGUCGGGACUGCAAUGCUCAUCAUGACAGGGGUCACCGACCUACGAAGCCGCGCAUAAGAUCGCCUCGACGAUUUCUACAUCCGCCCUCGUCAAAUGCGCAUUGCACGGCGAGGAUGCCAACUGAGGCCGCAUCCUCUGCGCGGUCGGGUACUCGAACCCCGGUUUCGACAUCGACCCAACGAAAGUGACCGUCUCGUUCGUCCCCGUCGACGGUUCGGCCGAACUCGUCAACGGGGAACCCGAACACGUCGACGAGGCGCGAGCGAGCGAGAUCCUCAAGAGCGAGGAUCUGGCGAUCCAUGUCGAUCUUGGGCUCGGGGAUGAAAGCGCAACGUACUGGACGUGCGACUUUUCGCAUGAGUAUAUCUCAAUCAAUGCUGGUGAGUGA